UGAUCAUCUGGCAAACUUGGAAAUCCCUCCCAUGUUUUGGCAGACUUGUAGAAAAGGUGGCCUUAUUAGUCUAGUAGAGAGAACGUUAAGGAUGCUGUGAAGUUUAUGUUAGUCUGAUAAGUGACAAAACCUUGGUGGCAUUCAGUAUCGGUGCUUUUUCAGAAAACUCCGUGUCCACGCAAGUACUAACUUAAAGAACUAGAAUCCUCCUACAUUCUUAAAAGGCCUACUGUGACAGCACCCACUUCUCACUUUUCUCCCUUCUUACUCUCGCUUAUUGUUUACUUAUGGAAGUUUGCACCUGAGGUGUGGGUUUCAGUGUAGAGGCAACGUCUAUGCUAUGAAACAGUGGGAGCUAAUUGAUUGAUUCAGGGAUGACACUUGCAGCUCUUGGGUCAGUAAGUAUCAUCCUCUAACCUACGGAGUUAAAUGCAAUAGAAGAACAACUCUGCACAUGCUGUUAAACUCUUUUGCCCUCAUUUCAAAGCCCAGCUCAUUCUCUUAUCUUGUUGAGAAGCAGUGUGGUGUGACUGGGCUAAGGAAGAAAAAGAAAAGCAUGUUGUCACUUGAGACUGCCUUAGAAAUGUUACCCGGUCAGGGUUGGGUGUUUCCUGUCCUUUGGAAGAAAACAGGCCUAAACAGUACCUUCCUCAUCCUGUAGCUAUGAGGAAGGCACCAUGAUCGAGGUUAGAGAUGCUUACUUUGCUGAUUUUUUAGUGUAAAUUAAACUAACUUUAGAUACAUAAUGAAGUGAUACAAAUGAAAAGAUGCUGCAUUUUUAAGGGACCUGUUUCACAUAAACUUUGUUUCUUAACAAAUGUGAAAAACCUAAAGAAUGAAAUUGGAAAGUCAAUGAGAGAAACAGCUCUAAAAUCAGAGACCUAUAUUGAAAUUUUGUGCCUGCUUCCUGGGUUUUGUGUACAUUAUUUACUUUCUUUAAGCCUCAAUUUCGUAUGUAAAAUGGGGAAAUUAAUAUUUAUCUCAUAGAAUUAUUCCAUAGGUCGAAUAAAGGCUUUAAAGCCUUUAGCACAGUGUCUGGUCCAGAGUAGCUGCUUAAUCAGUGGCGGUUGUAUUUAUAGUAAUAACUUAAUAUUCUUGAACACUUUACCAGGCCAAAAAAAGGAAAGAAAGAGGAGGACAUGGGGAAUACAAAGGAGGGUAAUAAUAAAAUUAAAUGAUUAUAUGUAUAUAAUACAGAUCACAUUAGGCAGGGGUGUCAUGAGGAUUAGUGUGAUAGUGACCUUGUUGCUAAGUGCAAAAGCAAAACAAUGACAUAAAAACAAGUAGGCUAGGCACUGAGUGGAGGAGAGAGAUGGAGGCAGACACUGCAGGAAAAAAAGCUGAUUAAAAAGGGGCCUUUGAUUCCACAGGCACAAAAAUCCACAGCCAGGAAUUUGCUGCCACCUCUGAGUCAGGCAGGGGGUGGGGGUGGGGUGCACAAUCCCAUUAGUACAGAAUGCCCAGUGGAUUUAGUCUGAGAGUCACAUUUCUUAUUUGGACCAGUGUAGACAGAAGCAAACCCAGCUCACUUGUUUCCUGGGACAUUUGAGUUAGGGGAUGGCUUUCGCAGAGCACUCAUCGCUGACCCCUCACCGCCGGGACCUCUGUAGCCGCUCUAUCUGGCUAGCAAGGAAGAUUCGUUCAGAUCUGACUGCUCUUAUGGAAUCUUAUAUGAAGCAUCAGGGCCUGAACGAGAACAUAAACCUGGACUCUGUGGAUGGUGUGCCAGUGGCAAGCACUGAUCGAUGGAGUGAGCUGACUGAGGCAGAACGACUCCAAGACAACCUCCAAGCUUAUCGUGCCUUCCAUGUUAUGUUGGCCAGGCUUUUAGAAGACCAACAGGUACAUUUUACUCCAGCUGAAGGGGACUUCCAUCAAGCAAUACAUACCCUUCUACUCCAAGUUGCUGCCUUUGCUUACCAACUGGAGGAAUUAAUGAUGCUCCUGGAACACAAGAUCCCCCCCAAUGAGGCUGAUGGGAUGCCUACCGUUGUUGGAGAUGGUGGUCUCUUUGAGAAGAAGCUGUGGGGCCUGAAGGUGUUGCGAGAGCUUUCACAGUGGACGGUUAGAUCCAUUCGUGACCUUCGAGUCAUUUCUUCUCAUCAGACUGGGAUUCCAGCACACGGGAGCCAUUAUAUUACUAAUGACAAGAAAAUAUAGCAGUUUUCCCUCUUCUCUCCCCCUUCCUUUUCUAGUGGAAUAUACACAGUUCCCUGAGGCCUCACUUUCCCAUUCUUAAGUUUUGAAAGUUUUCUAACCUUUUAAGACCACAGGCAUUUUCAUCAAGUAUGGUUGGAGACAUGGACAAAUGGGCAUAAGGUUUAUUGUGGAGAGAGAGAGAGAGAGAGAGAGAGAGUGUGUGUGUGUGUGUGUGUGUGUUUUGGACCAUAAGGGAGUGGGGACAAGGGCAACAUCCUUCCACUUUAGUGCUCUAACCUUUUCUACCCACUAAGUUAACCUUACAAGUAUUUAACAGUCUCACAGGAUAAAUGUAUGUUUAACUUUAGUCCUAGAUGACUUUUCUGAGAAGACUGAAACAGUGAAUGAAAAAUCAUGGACUGUACUAGCCAAUUCAAACUCACAGAUAAUAAAAAUAGUAACUAACGUUUA